AUGGCCGACGUUGUAGCUGAUGUUAUUGAAACUGUCACCACCCCAGAAAAGAAAGUAGCUGACUCGCCAGUGAAAGAUAAGAAAGUGCCAGAUUCUCCAGCCAAGAAAGUUGAGUCUCCAGUGAAAGAAAAGGCUGCUGAAAAUGGAUCCGCAAAAGCUGAAGAGGAAGACGAUGAAGUUAAAGAAAAUGGUGCUUCAGAAGAGGAAGAAGAAGAAGACGAUGAUGUAGUCGAAAAAGAACAGAAUGGUGAUACCAAAGACGACGAAGAAGAAACAGACAGUUGUCAAAAAGGUGUUAAGAGGAAAUCUGGUGCUUCCGAAGCAGCUGUUGAACCUGAAGACAGCGAGAAGAAGGCUAAGUUAGAAGAAGCUGAAGAAGAUCCAGCUACUGCAGAGCCCCAAUUUGUCGAAGCGUAA